AUGACCGAGAACCCCAGAAUAAGCAGAUGGGCCUGGAUGUUCGGCGAGAUGUUGCGCGAGAGACGUGUCGAAGAUUUUUUAAAGCAUUUGGAUGGAUACAAUGAGCCACCAAGCUCUCGAUUCAAAACAGAGCCAUCGAACCGGACCAUCGGGCGCCAGCGAGUUUCAAACUUCAUACCUUUUUUUAUCGCACCCAUCCGAAUGUUGGAUAAGGAUCCAGAAAAUCCACCAGCGGAUAGUGAAUCUCCAAAGGAGCCGGAGCAAGAACAGAAUCGGAGAGGUCUCUAUGCGCAAUACCUCCGUGGAGAUCUACAAUCUGAAGAAGAUUCACAAGGGCCUUCUGGAGAGAAUCCUGUAGACGAUCCACUACAGAACAAUGAGCCAGAACUUCCAAAUUUGAAAGAAAAUGCCGUUUCGGAACCUAGACAAGAACGUAUUGGAACAGAUUCAAACUGGGUAGCCAACUGGCCAGAUGGACCUCCAGAACCAGCUGCAGAGACUGUGGGACGGAUGCAGAGAAUCAGAAAAUGGUUCGCCGAUUUUUGUAAGUGCUGCUCCGUACGAACGAAUUCAGAAGAGACAUCCAUGGAGAUGCAGAAUGUGGCCGCUGAUCCUGUAACAGUGUCUACGCUCGCCAAAAUGGCUGAUGGAUUAGGAAACAGGAGAUGGACGCGAAUGUUUCGCAAGAGACACGUCGAGGAUUUUUUGAAGCAUAUGAAUGAAUAUGAUGGACCAACGACAAGGCAUUCGGAAGCGACCCAAUCAACACUGCCCAGUUUUCCAAUUUUCCGACGUGGCUUCAUGGUUGAUGAGCAACAAAACAGAUCAUCAUUUUUCGGAGGUGUUCGCUGCUUCCGUCAACCCCAACCACCCCCACCGUCAACCAAUAAUAACCCGCAAAUCGGAACAGUGAAAAUCUUGAAUUGCUUCGGCGAUUAUUGGAGACUGUUCACACGAAGAACGCCACGACAAUUGGAAAACGUGUCGUUGCAAGAGCUGGAGCCAGAACCUCAAACUAAUUUGACAGCCGAUUUUACGGACAGAAAACAGCCAAAGAUCGCCAAUGACGAGCAUCAGCCAUGGAUUCCAAGUGCAACAGAAGAUCCAGACGCCGUUAGAGAGCAGGAAACAUAUCUCUAG